AAAUACAAACCCAAAAAACAGCUUUAUUUAUUUUGAUGAUAUUUAUAUACUUGAACAAGCCCAAAAUUCUCCCACCUUCACUCUCUCUCUCUCUACUUUCUCUCUCUUGGGGUUUUGGCUUUCACAGCAAGCUCUCCUUUUGAGUCGAUCGCCCUCAUUUUUUUGUUGAUUUUUCGCGUUUAAUUUGGCGGUAAUUUAAUGGAGGAUUAUGCUGAUAGUGAUAAUGAUUUUUAUUAUGAUGAUGGUGAAGAAGAAGAUGAUCGCGAUUCUUUGAAUUUAAUUGAAGAUGCUAAUAUUGAUGUUUCCCUCACUAAUCGCUCUGGUUCAUCAAUCAAGGUGAUCAGAAGGGAUUCACUUCGAGUAGCGCAGACUGAAGACUUGCAUAGAAUAAUGGAUCUGUUGUCGUUGAAGGAGCAUCAUGCAAGAACCCUUCUUAUACAUUAUCGUUGGGAUGUGGAAAAAAUAUUGGCAGUGCUUGUGGAAAGAGGAAAAGAACAAUUGUAUGUGGAAGCUGGUGUCAGAGAAACAGAACAUGCUAAUAUUCCUUCUUCUUCAUGUUCUUUUCUUGAUUGUGACAUUUGUAUGGAAGAACAUCCUGCCAAUAAGUUUACAACAAUGGAUUGUGGCCACUACUUCUGCAAUGAUUGCUGGACAGAACAUUUUAUUGUGAGGAUAAAUGAAGGUGAGAGUAGACGAGUUAGAUGCAUGGCACAUAAAUGCAAUGCUAUUUGUGAUGAUGGAAAAAUAAGAAAUUUGGUUAUUAAGAGAGAUUCUGUGGCGGCUGAAAAAUUUGAUCGCUUUCUUCUGGAGUCCUACAUAGAGGAUAAUAAAAGGGUUAAGUGGUGCCCAAGUGUUCCCCAUUGUGGAAAUGCUAUACGUGUUGAGGAGGAUGAUUAUUUUGAGGUUGAAUGUGCAUGUGGUCAUCAGUUCUGCUUUGGCUGUUCAUCUGAAGCACACUCUCCUUGCUCCUGUUUGAUGUGGGAGCUUUGGAUGAAGAAGUGUCAAGAUGAAUCAGAGACAGUCAAUUGGAUCACAAGCCACACAAAGCCUUGUCCUAAAUGUCACAAACCUGUGGAAAAAAAUGGAGGAUGCAACCUUGUUGUAUGUGUUUGUGGCCAAGCAUUCUGCUGGCUUUGUGGUGGAGCUACAGGUAGAGAGCACACAUGGUCUACUAUUGCCGGUCACAGUUGCGGGAGAUUCAAAGAAGAUGAUCUAAAGAAAGCUGAGCAUGCAAAGUUGGAAUGGUGGCGUUAUAUUCACUAUCAUAAUCGUUAUAAAGCUCACACAGAUUCAUAUAAGCUCGAAGCUAAACUGGAGGAAACUAUUAAGGAGAAGAUAUCAAGUUUGGAAGACAGGGAUACAACCUCCAAGGACUUCAGCUGGGUGACAAAUGGACUUUACAGAUUGUUUAGGUCCAGACGUAUCUUGUCAUAUUCAUACCCAUUUGCUUAUUACAUGUUUGGUAAUGAGCUGUUUAGGAAUGAAAUGUCAAAGGAGGAAAGAGAAAUAAUAAAGAACUUGUUUGAAGACCAGCAACAGCAAUUAGAGGCCAAUAUUGAGAAACUUUCAAUGUGUCUAGAGGAGCCAUUUCAUACUCUUGACGAUGACAAAGUUUUAGAAACAAGAAUGCGGAUAAUAACGAUGAUGACCAUUGUUGACAAUUUAUGCAGGAAAAUGUAUGAAUGCAUUGAAGGUGAUCUGUUAGGAUCUCUUCAGCACACAAUACACAUAAUUGCUCCAUAUAGGUCAAAAGGGUUGGAGAAAGCAUCAGAAAUAACUGAUUGGCGGAACCAUAGCUAUACCAGGGAGAGAAAUUCCAGCUCUAAUGGAGUGAAGGGGUCAGAUGAGUCAUCUACAGACUUGGUUCUGAAUCAAACUGAGAGUGGAUGCUCUUCAAGAAAACGUGCUAGGGCAGAAUCUUCUAGUUUCAGUUUGAAUCAAGUUGAGAGUGGAUGCUCCUCCAGCAAACAUGCUACUGCAGAUUUUGAAGACAGAUUUUUUGAUUUGAACUUGCCUGCUGAUGUAUGAUGAUCAACAACCGAUUUAUUCGUGUCAAAAGUUGAGAGUGGAUGCUUACUCCAGCAAACAUGCUACUGCAGAUUUUGAAGACAGAUUUUUUGAUUUGAACUUGCCUGCUGAUGUAUGAUGAUUAACAACCGAUUUAUUCGUGUCAAACGUUAAAGGAUUUUGAUACAUAUAACCCACCUGGAGUGUGCGAAUGCUGAUUCUGAUACCUUUACGUUGGAACUACAGUGAUAUUAACCCCUUUUUGGUACUAGACAAGGCCUAAUAUGUACAGGGCCUUUGAGUUUAGAAUGCAGGAAUUAUGUAAAGUUUAGCAGUAUUACCUAAUGCAAAGUAUGUCAUUUAUAUA